UCCAUCUACUCUACAACAACAACAACAAAAUCAUAUCAUCUCAUCAUUUUCGAACCAAAUUCUACUUUAAGGUGGCGCAACCUCAACGUGUUUUUUUCCCUCUUCUCAUUGACUUCUCCCACGUUCUUCUUCUUCUCCCUCUCUCCAUCUCUCUCCUCAUCUAAUACUUAAAGUUCUGGUAUAUUUAGGGCGAUAGUAAGAAAUUCUAAGACAAUAAUUUUUAGCAAAACAGAUAUUAAUCAUUCAUCAAGAUUCAAGCUUAACUAUAUAUAUAUAAAGUAUGCCACUUUUGGUAGAUUGCUCAAACUGCAAAACUCCACUACAACUUCCAUCAGGUGCUACUUCCAUCCGCUGCGCUAUUUGUCGUGCCAUCACUCGCAUAGCUGAUCCUCGUUCUGCGCCCUCAUUUCCGUCGAACUCAUACUACCCCACGCCCACCUACACGCACACGCACACGCCCACGCACAAUCGUCCGACGCUUCCCUCGUCUUACUACGGAGCUCCUACUACGCCUGCUGUUGGACGGAAGAAAGCUGUGAUCAUUGGGAUCUGCUAUAAUAAUACCCGUUAUAAGCUUAAGGGUUGUAUUAAUGAUGCUAAGUGUAUGAAGUAUUUGCUUAUUAAUCGGUUCAAGUUUCCUGAAAAUGAAAUUCUUAUGCUCACUGAAGAAGAGAGGGAUCCUUACAGAAUUCCUACCAAACAGAAUAUCAGGAUGGCAAUGGCUUGGCUUGUAGCAGGAUGUCGAGCAGGUGACUCGCUAGUAUUUCACUACUCUGGCCAUGGUUCACAACAGAGAGACUAUGAUGGAGAUGAAGUGGAUGGCAAAGAUGAGACCCUCUGUCCAUUAGACUUUGAAACAAACGGGAUGAUUGUAGAUGAUGAGAUUAAUGACACAAUCGUCAAGCCUAUCCCUCGUGGUGCUAAGCUUCAUGCCAUUAUAGAUGCUUGCCACAGUGGUACUAUGUUGGACCUCCCAUUUCUUUGUAGGAUGAAUGGGAGUGGGCAGUAUGUGUGGGAAGAUCAUCGCCCAAGGUCAGGUAGAUGGAAAGGUACUAGUGGUGGUGAAGUUAUCUCCUUCAGUGGCUGUGAUGAUAAUCAAACAUCUGCUGAUACUUCGGCUUUAUCACAGGUGACUUCAACUGGAGCAAUGACAUACUGCUUCAUCCAGGCAAUUGAGCGAGGACAAGCAAGUACUUAUGGGAACGUGCUUAAUGCUAUGCGGUCUGCCAUCCGCAAUGUUAACAGUAGCAGUGGUGGAGGUGGUGCUGGAGGUAGUGCUGUUACAUCUCUCCUUAGUAUGCUUUUGAAUGGAGGAAGUGGUGUUGGAUUAAAACAGGAACCACAAUUGACUGCCAAUGAAGCAUUUGAUGUAUACACGAAGCCAUUUUCACUCUAACAAGUGUGAAAUUGAUGUACCAUUGUCUAUAACCACAACUGUAUUACUGUUGUAAUAUUUUGUUAACGAAUUUUUGUACAAUGCAUUGGAAUUUUUUUAUGAUUGAUCAGUGAUGAGCACAUAAUGUAAAUCCUAUUAUUGUAUUAA